CUAGAAGGUUCUAGCUCUGCAUGGUCUGUGGUUGGUGUCGAACCCUCUGCUCUCAGCCACUGCGUCUAAUUAACACCUGUGGUGUCGAUAUACGCUGAUCUGUGCAAAAGUUUUAGGCACGUGUGUGCAUCAGCGUUGUCUGUUUCCUGUGUGUGUUGCAGUUCCUCUGAUGUCGGAUGUGACCGGUCAACGCCACUGGAUGGAGUCCAGUUCUGGACGGACUGUGACUCAGACUCAGCUGACUUCUCCUCACACUGACAGAGACACUCGCCGUGAUGACUGUCCACGACCUUUUCACCCCUGCUGCAAACACUGCACCAGGGAAUCAUGGCAGUUCUCUGACUAACCAUGGAGGGGCACUCACUCCCCCUACUCUUUCUAUGAGGAGGAGGAGGAGGAGGAGGAGGACGGUGUGGGCAGGGAGCUGUGGAAGGAGGAGAGAGGAGUGGAGCGUGUCCUGCCUCAGUCUUUGUCAUGGUUGGACUCUGCUGCUCACUCUCAGAGAACCUCAGGACCAUGUGACCAGGACACAAGUCCAAGUCCAAGUCCAAGGGAACUGACGUUCAUCUGAAUCCUGCUUCUUCAGACCGACUCAGAAACUGACAGUGAUGAAGAGCAUGAUUCCUCAGAGGAGUGUAGUCUCUGCACUGGGCUACGGCUCAGACUGUGUGAAGCUGGACCACAGCAGCAGUGGCUCAGUGGGGGGCGCCGUUCUCAGAGGUUCUCGCUCCAAAGCAGAGCUGCAGGAUCUGAUGGAGACGCUGCAGCGUAGAAAGAGCGCCCUGGAGGCCAGUCUGAGGGCGGCCGAGUGCGGCCGCAAGUACCUGAGCGUCCCCUCACCCGUUGGACCCCAGUCCACCAGGACCCUGUCCAUCCUCAGCAGCACCGACCGCCCUCCCUCCAGAAACUUCUCCUACAUCAGCAGCAGCAGCGUUCCUCCGUCACCUCGACAGGGGGAGCGUCAGCUGACGACCAACGGCUUGGCCCGUCAUUCCCAGACUCGCCACCAGUCACAGGACAGUCUGCUGCUCUCUAACGCCGUGGAAGGAAACUCCCUUCUCCCCCCUUAUGGGGACCACAUACCUCGAUCUCCCAGGAUCAAGAGCGGCGUGGCCAGUAUGCCGUCCAGCCCACGUAUGGGUCGUAGAAUCUACUCUCAGGGCAAAGCGGGAGAGUCCCGACAGAGGAAGUAUUCCACCGGCUCCCUCAACAGCCUCGGGAUGCACAGCCGCUCCCUGCCCCGGCUUCACGGUGCAGCGGACCCCCCCACUCUCUCGCUGCCUUUGCGUCACCCAGUUGGGUCACACAGGGGAGUGGGCUCGGCCGCGUCCCGGCGCAGUCUCUCCUCCCUGGAGCAGCCUCCAGAUGUAACGGUCCCGGCCAGCAUGCCCAACACCCCCAGGAGGGCCAGUCUGGCCUCGCUCAGCUCCCUGGGCGUAGAUCUGGACGCUUCAGGUUUGGACCUGGGCUUUGGAGAGAGGAGGUUGUCUUUUGGUAAAGGUGGGCUGAGUCCCGGGCAGAGAGUGGGCAGCAUCAGUUCACUGAACGGAAAAGAGGAGCUGAGGGACUACCACCAGCAUCAGAGGGACGAACGACUCCGAGAGCAGAAGGUGCAGCGUCUGGAGAACCAGCGUCUGGAGACCAUCCUGAACCUGUGCACCGAGCUGGGUCAGGUGGAGCGAGAACCUGCAGGUUCCUCUGUUUCUGACCUGCAGAAGAUCAACAAGGAGCUGGAGAAGCUGCAGGUUUCUGACGAGGACUCCGUCUUCUCAGACACUCCCGGCACCGUGGCUCAGGAGAACUGCUUCGGGACCAGAUCUAGAGAGUCCAGGACCCAGUCACCACCCGUCAGCCUGAACAGCACCACCCCCUCCCCCACCACCCACCACCGAGCCAAGGUGCUGGAGAACGUGCAGCUGAAACAGGAAGUGACACACAUAGAAGAGGAGAGGAUCCAGGUGGUGAACAACAUCGAGGAGUUGGAGCAGAAGAUCAAAGAUCUGGACAACCAGAUGGAGGAGUCGCUGCGAGAGAUGGAGGUGGAGUGUGCUCUGCUGGAAGGAGAGCAGGAGUCAGAGAUGGCUCACCUCCAGAGGGACAAGGAGCUGCUGGAGCAACUGAAGGAGAAACUUCAUGGCAUCGAGAAGACGAGCCGCGCCGAGAGGACGCAGGAAACCAAGGACCAGACCAAAAGUCUGGAGGAUCUGGAGUUUCAGAAACUGGAAAAUGAAAUUAAUCAGGACGAGGAAAAAGAGAGUCGGCGCCAGGAGCUGCUGCGAGAAAUAGCAGAGUGUCAGCGUCUCACUGUCACACGAAAGGAACGACUGUUGACUCUGAAGAAACAGUCGUCACAGAUCACCUUACAGGCUCAGCAGGAGAGAGAGAAUUUCCAGAAGGAGAAAAACAAUUUACUUCUCAUGCUGCAGAAGGAGAGAGAGAAACUGCUGUCUCUGGAGGGAAAGUACGCAGAGUUGUCCGAGGGCCAGACCUUCACCAACGUCCCCGUGGCCAUCAAAGAGCACCUCCACUACCUGAAGGAGAGGAGGAGGAGCGGCAGAGAGCACUCCGACAGUCUGCCACAGAAGAGGAACCAGCAGCUGCCCAUGUCCUUCGCUGGAUCCCUGGCAGGGUCACUUCCCCCGAAGGCCCACCUGCCUCUGGCUCAGAGCUCCAGCUGUGGCAGCGUCCUCCCACAGAACUUCACCUACACCGUCAGAGACCUGAACGGCCGACGUCUGCCCAAGAUGAACAGCCACACACACAUGACUGACGACAGACAGAAGAGGGCAGAGUUCUGCAGCAGGCUGGUCCCUGAGCCCAGCGUCUUCCUGGACUCCUUCUCCUACCCCGACAACAGCCAGACCUCGGACACGGUCAGUGUGGACAGCUCCGACAGUCUGGAGACCAGCUUCUCCGCCUGCUCCCCGGACAACAUCUCCAGCGCCAGCACCAACAACAUGGCCAAGAUCGAGGAGAUGGAGCGUCUGCUCCGAGAAGCUCAGGCCGAGAAGCUGAGACUCCUGGAGCACAGAGAGAGGGAGAUGGAGAUCCGACGACAGGCUCUGGAAGAGGAGAGACGGAGGAGGGAGGAGCUGGAGAAAAGGCUGCAGGAGGAGACCAGCAGGAGGCAGAAACUUGUAGAGAGGGAGGUGAAGCUGAGGGAGAAGCAGAGAUCGCAGUCGCGGCUGUUGACGCGUUACCUCCCCAUGAGGAAAGACGACUUUGACCUUCACGGACAGAUCGAGGCGGCGGGUCACAACCCAGACGCCUGCUUCCACCUCGCCAUCACCGACAAAACCUGCCGAGGCUUCCUGGUCAAAAUGGGCGGGAAAAUCAAGACCUGGAAGAAACGCUGGUUCGUCUUUGACCAGAACCGUCGGACGCUCACCUACUACUCUGACAAACAUGAGACCAAGAUGAAGGGCGUGAUCUACUUCCAGGCCAUAGAGGAAGUUUACUACGACCAUCUGAAGAACGCACACAAGAGCCCAAACCCCACGCUGACGUUCAGCGUGAAGACCCACGAUCGAGUCUACUACAUGGUGGCGCCGUCUCCUGAGGCCAUGCGUAUCUGGAUGGACGUGAUCGUCACAGGUGCUGAGGGACACAUGCACUUCAUGGUGUGAGGGGUUUCAUCAGGUCAGGGGGGUCACGGCAGCAGAACCGAGGAUGUUCUGGUUUCUGACUCAUAACUGGUAGCGGUUCGGUUCUUCGUGGUGUUGGUCUCCACGGUGACAGAGUCGGUGCAGUGACACCGUGAGGUUCAGGCACCAGAGAAAGUUCCCGAGCCUGAUUUUGGUCUUGGUAUCGAUGGUGUUCGGUUCAGAGCGUCAUGUGGUCUGAAGACCUGAAACCAGGAAGUGUUACGUUGACCCUGCAGGUGUGUCGACCACAUGACCUCCAGACAGACUGUCGCCCACGGCCUCCGCUCCUCUAUCUUCUCCAACCAGACGGUGGAGAGUUUGUCACAGAUAGAAUUAAAUUAACCUCUGCUACAGGUUGACUGCAGCCUGCGUUGUUUUUCACGUAUCCUCCAUUUUCUAACAGAACAGGAUUCUCCUUCUGCACAUACUAAUGUCCAUCACUUUAACGUGUCAUGGUGUCCUCACUCCACAGCUGCAAAAAUGCACAUUUCUUCCCAGUUUCAGAUUUGUUACUUCUAUAUUUGUAGCCAUUUUCAAAUAUCAUGUACAUAGUGUGUUUAUUCAUAUAUAUAUAUAUAUAUUUGUUUGCUGCUGCCUAACAACAGUAUAAGCUGGUUAUUUCCUGCUCGUUUAGAGCAACUUUGAAUGUUUCUGGGUCACGUGGUGUUGGUCUUUUUAGCUUCACUUCCUGUCGUUCUUUUCAAUUGCUUUUUUUAAAAGAUUUUAAUGUUUGCUGACAACUGUUUUAAUGGAAAAAAAAAACGUUUUUAUUUUAUUUUUUUCGAUUCUCUGCUUGAAUCUUUAAGCCUGGGCAUCGAGCGCCCUCUAUGGUUUACGGUUUUGCUGACAAGAACCAAACAUAAUCGACCACCAAACAUCUCCAAAAAUGGCGGACAAUUCUUCUUUUUUUUUUUUUUUUUUGAAGAGUAAAACGUCACAUUUACCCGUGUGGUCAAAUUUGUGUUUGCGCUGCCAACAUUAGGAAUAUUAUGGUAGGAAGUGACGUGUCGUCACCAGGAAGGAGCGCGUGUAACAAAUCCUAAAAACAUUUUAUUAACAAACUAAAAGUUGUUUUUGGGAUGUACGAAGUGACUGAAGCGAAAUGAUUUGAAAUUUCUUCACCUUUUUAUCUUCACCUAAAUUCUCUGCUUGUUGCAGAGAGACACGUUUUACGGCGAUGAGGUCACGUGGUGUCCCGCUUGAGUAUCAGCGGCAUUAAUUUGUGUUCACCAGCAGAGGGCAACAUAGUGCAGCGAGAGCCAACUGCAAUGACGUAAUGCCCUCCUUGCUCGGUCACAUGACUGGGGGAGAACAGUGAGUCAGAGUUUCGUGGAUUUUAUUUUUAGAUGAAACGUUUAAAUAUAAAGUCCGUGUGUGAGUCGAUGAGCAGAUGUUUGAACGUUAGCUUUUUGAAAACAGCUCCGAGCCUUAAAUAGUGAAGUACAAACAGUUAUUUUUCUAUAUAUUAAAUAUAACUACAGUGUUUUUACGACUCACCGUUGUCCUAUUUGUAUUUUUUUUUUUAAUCAAUCUCCAACUCCUUCCUAAGGGACCGUCUGUAGGUUGUCGACCUCAGGCUCAGGGAUGUGAACUAGUGUCACAGAAGAACCUCUGCCUUAAAAACCAAAAAAAAACAAAACACAUUUACACUUUUAUAUCUUUUAUAUUUGUAUAAAAAACAAUAUCGAUUUUUUUUUACAGCGUUCUGGUGCUUUUAUAUUCAAAGUGUGUCCUGAAUAAAUAGUUUGGAUGAUUU